GUUGUACUUACUUGCUCCCAACGUGCCAGUGACGCUUUGCGGUCCAUGGCUUACCAGUACAACGUAGAUAUACCGCACCCUGACGCCCUCAACCGGCCCCCGUGCAAUCCACCCACUGCAUCCACUGGCAUCGACUCUCCGGCUCUCCAGUCUUGUUUCCACCACAUCAAUCACGCCAUCUCCCCACCCGAUUGGAUCAACGUCCAACGCUCACUUCUUAUUGCUUAGCAGUACCGGGAACGUGAUAGUGAUGGCACGGCCUGCCAGUGAGGGAAACCCAAGAACACUGGCAACGAACGCUGUUCUCGAGGACGGGAUCGGAGGUGGCCCUCUGCCCAAUCCCAUGUGGUUCGGCGAGGGGUCGGAAGAGCGAGCGAGCGAGCGAUGGCGACACUUUUUUGCUUCUUGACGAGACUUUAAAUAUAAUAUACUAUCCAUCACUACUAGCGUUUUCUUUUCUUUCUCCUCUCUGUUCUUCAACUUGACUCGCAUUGACUCGACUCGUUGUAUCUUCGUAUCAAAACCCGAGGGACGGUUGAUUCGUUCAACACAACACCAAAGGCGGGGUACAGUACUGUACCGACGAACAAUCCACCAACAACAUCCAACAACCUACUUGAGCCCAAAACAACGAGGUUGAAACUUGUGUAUUGAUUGCCAGUCACUGGUGUAUACUCGUCGUUUGAUCUCGAUCUUCGAUCUUUGAUCAUCACUGCUGCUCCAAAAUGGCUCCCACGGCCGUAGUAGACACCACCGCUCCGGCAGUCGACACCCCUACCACCAAAGCCACAACCUCGAACGGUACUGGCGAUGUCGACCUGUCCAUCUUCCCCGACGGAUUCAAGACAUCAGGCCAACACCCACCGCUCUACGACCAACUCUACCCAUACAGCGCGUUCCCAAAGAAAAUCACCGGCCCAACAGUAUGGGCCGCAACAGACUACAUCAACCACCCGGAGCAAUGGACACACGUAUUCUCCGAAGACGAGAUCCGCGAACUCUCCGAGGCAGCCGAUAAAUUCAUCGCAGAGGGCCUCCCAUUGACAGGAAUCAACCCCCAGAACUUCCCCCUCCCAAACAUGGCGGCGUCCCUGAAAGCGAUGCGCAACGAACUUCUCAACGGCAAAGGAUUUAUUCUGUAUAAAGGGUUCCCCGUGAACGAAUGGGGCAACCACAAGUCCGCAGUCGCAUACAUGGGCCUUGGUACAUACAUCGGAUACCCCGUCAGCCAGAACGGCAAGGGCCACAUUUUAGGCCAUGUCAAAGAUCUGGGCGAGGACAGCACACAGAUCGACAAGGUGCGCAUCUACCGCACUAAUGCGCGACAAUUCUUCCACGCCGACGACGCCGACGUUGUUGGUCUGUUGUGCAUCUCUCGUGCCGCGGAAGGUGGCGAGUCCGACGUCGCUUGCGUCCAUGAUGUAUGGAACAUUCUGCAAGAAGAAUACCCGGACGUCGCGGAGUUGUUGACCCAGCCAGUCUGGUACUUUGACCGCAAGGGUGAGGUCUCAAAGGGCGAGGAACCGUAUAUUCGCACGUCUGUGUUUUAUCUCGAGACACCCGAUCCAGAAGACCCAACCAAUAUCGAAAAGCAGCGCGUCUAUUGCAAGUGGGAUCCGUACUAUGUGAGAUCUCUCACUCGAUUCUCGGACAAGGGCAUCAUCCCGCCUCUGUCAAAGGAGCAGGUCCAUGCCCUUGAGACACUCGAGGCCGUUUGUAACCGUGUCAAGUUGCAUAUGAUUCUCGAGGUUGGCGAUAUCCAAUUCGUGUCGAAUUCGCAUAUCUUGCAUGCUAGGACUGCUUAUAAGGAUUAUGCUCCCCAUACUGGAAUGCCGAGGAGACAUCUGAUGCGGCUGUGGUUGAGUACACCCGUCAGUGAGGGUGGUUGGAGAUUGCCGUUCCAUGAUAGCAAUGAGAGGAAGAGGGGCGGUAUCCAGGUCGAUGAUACCCCGCCUGUUGCUAGGUUGGAUGCCGACUGAACAUGAACAAUUUGAUGGCUGGCUCAGGUCGGUGGAACACAACAUCAGUCGGUUGAGUGUUGGCUGAAGACUGUUUAAACAAUGGUGAAUUUGAAUUUGAAUGCAGUGUCGGACCACCACUCAUAGAUAGAUAGGGGACUGGAGUGUAAUUGGCGAGGCAAUGUUGACUUUUUGUUGUACACUGGAAGCACAAUGCGUGGCGAACUCGCCUCAAUGGUUGCUUGACCUGAUGGCAUAUCCGUGAAUGAUGCGUAUGCGACUCGUAGGAGCAAAGGAACCCUUUCGUGUGCCAGACUGACACGCCCAUAUCCUGGCCAACUGCUCCUUGAGACAGGUUCUAGGAUGAACCUUGAGGUGACACUGACAAGACCUUUCCCAUCAAUCCAUAAAUUUACAUACCGGCAGUCGAUAGCUGGUGACAUUCCAAUAUUUCCUUCGCACUCCA